AUGAUCGACGAAACGGGGGAGAAGAAGCGAGAAGACUUCGAUAUGGUGGAGAUGAAGCAGAGUUUGAAGAAGAAGGGAAAGAAGCGAGCGACGAAGGAGGACGAUUUUGAAAUCGAUUUGAACGAUAAUCGGUUUGAAGCCUUGGUGAAGAACGACGAUUUCGGAAUUGAUGUGACCAAUCCCGCGUUUGUGAAGACCAAGCAGAUGGAGAAGCUGGUGAAUGAGGUGACCAAGCGACGGAGAAAGGAAUAG